AUGACCUCGGUACGGGCAGAUGGGACUGAGGUCGGGCGCGACCUCGACAGACUCUACUACCCGUGGGUGUAUAAGACACUCAAUAAAUACGUCCAGGGAGGCCACACCCUGGACGACCGAAUCGAAGGAAUCGUCCUAACAAUGUCGAGAGCCCUGCGAAGAGCCGUUCGAGCAUCGGAAGUCUGGAACGCGGUGCUCAUGAGGAAACGGGUGCCAAAGGCAAACGACCUCCUCUACCGGCUGCUACUCGACAAGGUGCUGACGGGCGCCAAAUUGUUAUGGACUGGAGAAGAGGGCGUGGACAUGCCCCAGAGAUGGCCAGGAGCAGACCAUCAUCCACUUGCGGUCUGGCAAGAGAUGCGGGCGAUUCACCUCGCCGCGACAAGGACCCGACGCCAAGGGCCAUUUGUUGCCCCCAUCCCGACAACCCGUGAGGAGCUGCUGGGAUUUAUGGCGAUUGGCCCACCGGGUCUGACAAAUCGACACGACAAGGCGAGAUGGCACACACUCUACUCGGAAGCGGUGUGGCAGAUCUGGAAGCUCUACCUCAACAACCAAUUCCGGGAAGAGAACUUCACGGCACAGGGGGCAGUCCAAGUAUACCGUGGGGCCAUCCAAUCUCGAAUUAUGAUGGACAGGGCGUUGACUUUCAACCCCAAAAGGAGCGACUUUCGCACUCAGAAUCGGGCGGGGUUCUCCAAAGUCUAG